AUGGAUCAGCAAAUCCAGGAUGACGACAGCCCGGGACAUAACGAUGAAAAGGAGGGCGUGACGGAGUUUUUGCUUGCUUGCGACCGAUGCCGUCGGAGAAAGGUGAAAUGUAGUCGAGGUCAACCCUGUGAGCAAUGCACCACAGCGGGAGCAUCAUGUGCCUAUACCCUAGGCCUCAAGUCGAGAGUCCGCAGGCAACGAGUCACACUCGCCAACGACAUCGAGAAAAGUGUUGACCACAUCGCUCGGACUGUGGAUGAGCUGAAAAUCAUGGUGGAAGAUCUCAGCAAACAACGUCCCUCAUGUCCAUCACCAGCACAGGAGGCACCUGCGUCGUCAUCCAGAGGGAUUACUACCCCGGCAGCCUCACUCCUGGCACCCUCUCAACAUCGACCAGCAUCUGUUCAGACCCUUGGUGCAAGCCCAGCCAGUGCACCCACGGUACCGCCGACCGAGUACAAUGGCGAGUCGUCUCCAUUCGCACAUGUCCUGUUCGCCACUGCCUUUUUCCAGAACGCCGUUGGGAACAGCUCCUCAUUUCAUGUCACUACGGAGAUGGGUCCAGUAAUACAAACCCUGAACAGCAUCGCCAAUGCCCAAAAACAAACCAACGAUCCUGUUGAAGUGCUCUUCCCUUAUGCCAGGCCGCUGGAAGACGGAAGAAAGCCCUCAUCAUUCCCGUCUCCGCCACUCGACAGCGUUUUCGCAUGCCUAAAAAUGGCCCAAGAAAGCAACAAGGUCGACGCCAUGUGGAUCGCCGAGUUCGAAAAUCUCAGUCAUUUCACCGAAUAUGCGAUCAAGGCCUGUGGUCCUGGCCCCUCAUCUGAGGAAGAGAUCAUUAUCGCGAACGCUGGCCUGUAUUGGUUGUUCCUCGAAUGUGCCAGUGUGGCCGAUGACGAAGCGACUGUGCUUGAUUUCGAAGCUCAGGCGACCUUGUGCCGGGAAAACCUCGAGACAGCCUUGGCUCAUCUAGGAUUUCAUAUAAAAAGUACCCUAAACACAGCAUACGCCCUCAACAUGGCUGCAACCUAUUGUCUUCAGACGAUGAAAACAUCUGCCGCAUGGGGUUUCAUCGUCACAGCAUCCCACAUUUGCCAGGCCCUCGGUCUGCACCGCGCGACAACCCUCUCUCCUGAGCCUCCGGUCCAGAAACGGAGGAAGCUCCGGUUGUUCUGGGCGGCAUAUUGCUCGGAUAGGUUGAUCGCUCUGCGCAUCGGACGAUCGUCGUCAUUCCGAGAUAAUGAUAUAACUGUCCCUCGGCCACAGCGAAAUCCUGGGCCCGACUUGUUGAUAAACAGGCUGCUGCCUGUAUGGAUCGAGGGUGGGUUUUUGCAGGGGCGGAUUUACGACGACGUGUACAGCCCUGGGGCUUUCCUACAGCCUGAACAUGUUAGAUAUGCUCGGUCACGCGCCCUUCUCUCAGAGAUUCACGGGCUCAUGGAGGCUGAAGAUGCAAUUGAGAAAGAAAAUGAGGCACAGUUUGCGGCAGCCGGCCAGCCAAUUCUUACUCAGAUUCUAUGGCGAUCAGACCGUAUUUCGAAUUUGAGCAUGCUGACACUGGUCUAUCGAAGCCUCCCUCCUGCCGAAUACUCAAAGUCAUCCUUCUCGGAGGAGUGCAUCAGUAGCUGCAGGGAGGCUCUAGAGGAACACCAACAGUGCAUGGCCCUGAUAGAGAGUGACGGUGCAAAGACGGCCUUUAUUGAACUGUUCAUUGGCUGGUCCCUGCUACGGUCGCCCUUCAUACCCUUCACAAUCCUCUUCUGCCACAUCAUUGAGUCUUCAAACGCAUCCGACCUCGGCGCUUUGAAGAGAUUUAUCGACGCCAGUGAGGGAACAACGUACACUGCGCGCCAUCCCUCAACCCGGAAUCAACUGCGACUUUUCCAGGCAUUGUACAAUGUGGCGGUUCGAUUUAUCAACCUCAAACAGGACAGUCUAUCAGGAGAGGGCACUUUACCGAAUACCGACAGUCACAGUGUCGCAGGCACUUCCUCUAUUCCCACCACAGGGACUUUCGUGCCUGAUGCGAUGGACUACAGUUCAGCAGCUCCCGAGAUUCAGGGGGCGGUAACAGAGGCAGCCACAUUACAACCAGGGGAGGAUCAGUUAUUUGCCAAUCUGGGAGCACAAGUUGACUCGUCAGGGGGACUGUUAGCGAACUGGUUCAUAAGCAAUCAGGAGAUCAUGAAGAUGCUCGAGAAUAGCUAG